AUGGGGAAAACGGACGAAAAGAAGACCCCGGCCCGAAUGGUCACUAAGACCAUUGGCGGUGAGAAGAAUGGUGGAACCAGAACAGUCCGUGUCAACAGGCUGCCCCGUCACUAUCCUACAGAAGACAGGCGCUUGAAGCUGAAGACAAGGAAGAAUGCUUUCAGCCAGCACAAGAGGAAGCUGCGUGCCUCUAUCACUCCCGGCACUGUUCUCAUCCUGCUUGCUGGACGACACAAGGGAAAGCGUGUGGUCUUCCUCAAGCAGCUUAAGACCGGAUUACUUCUUGUCACAGGUCCAUACCACUUGAACGGCUGCCCACUUCGUCGUAUCAACCAGACCUAUGUCAUUGCCACCCAGACCAAGCUUGAUAUCAGCAAGGUGAACCUCCCAGAAAGGCUGAAUGACGAGUACUUCAAGAAGAAGCAACUUCGCAGGCCAAAACACGCUGAAGGAGAAAUCUUCGAAACUAAGAAAGAGGAGUACGCUGUUAGUGAAGAGCGCAAGCAAGAUCAGGUUGAUGUAGACAAACAGAUUCUGGAUGUUGUCCGCACUCACCCCGAGAAGAAGUUGAUGUUCGGGUAUCUGGGCUCCACCUUCUCAUUAAAAAAUAGACAGUUCCCCCACGCAAUGGUCUUCUAAACUGUAAAAUAAUAAAAAAUAUAAAUAAAAAAAGGUCAAUGA